AUGAUUGAUCUAAAGCCAACAAUCCUUUUAAUCGAUACACCACACGAUGAGCGCAUACCCGAACCCCGUCCGAGAACCCGCUCCGCUUCUCCCCACUCUAGAUCACCGCUUGUCGAGAACGAAAUCAACACUCCCGAGGAGGAGGUUUAUGGCCUAGCACUUUUGCAGAGGGUCAUCACUGAGGUCCACAUGAGAAACAUGGCGAAAUUGGUCGUGCCCGUACCACUCAUUAGCGUUUCCCUAGCACACGAUGCACCUGCGGACCUCGCUAUUCCUACUGAUCUCAUCCCCAGUCCGGCGCUGCUCAAACGAUGCGUAGAUUUGGGCGCGGCGGACGUAAUAGCAUACAAAGCCCACAAAGAGGCAGCCAAGGAGCAGCAAGCUAUGCUGGAGCUUCGUAGGGGCCGCAAGUUGUCAUGGGUUGGCAUGCAUGAGGAAAAGCCGUUUGCCUACCUUCGUGAGGCUAUGGUAUCCGACCUGAUGAAGGGCAUCUGUCGCCUCGGCUGGGACGCGGAUGAUCUUAUCGGAAGCGCCAAAAUCUCCGUUUCUCAUGAGCGGCGGGCAUCGAUCACUGCUGCGGUCGGCUGCUGGCACUUUCCUGCCCACGACUUUGCCGACGAUGAGUUGCUUCUUGCAGCCAUGCUCAUGUUUAAGCAUGCUUUUAGUAUCCCUGAGCUGGAAAAGUGGCGGAUACCAACAGACCAACUUAUCGGUUUCCUCAUCGCUUGCCGCGGGGCGUAUAAUCCCUUUGUUCCCUACCACAACUUCCGCCAUGUCCCAAAGUCACCCAUGGCUAAUCUCAUCAGUCCUUUUGAUGGACUUACGCUUCUCAUCACCGCGAUCGGUCAUGAUGUCGGUCAUCCCGGUGUGAACAAUAAUUUCUUGAUAACGCUCAACGCGCCUCUUGCCCAGCUCUACAACGACCGCUCAGUUUUGGAGUCCUUCCACUGCGCCGCAUUUUCCCAGAUCCUCCGUCGCUAUUGGCCCGUUGCCUUUGAAGAAAUAAAGAUGCGCAAAUUAAUCAUCAGCUCCAUAUUGGCCACGGAUAUGGGCCUGCAUUUCGAUUAUAUGAAGAAGCUAGCUGAUGCCCAAACCACGCCGGACGCCGUUCUUUCAGAUGAGCGUGUUGCAGAGGAGCAAAGGUCUCUUGCAUGUGCCUUGCUAAUCAAAUGCGCCGAUAUCAGCAACGUGGCGCGGCAUUACGAUACAGCGAAGCAGUGGAUGCAUAUCUUGUCGGACGAAUUUUCUAGGCAAGCCUCUAUGGAAAGCGAGCUUGGGGUCGUGGACCUGAUGCCCGCGCUCAAGUACACGGUUGACGAACUUCAGAUCAACCGUGCCUUGUUCGAGUCUGGCGCUGUUGCUGCGCCGGUCAACGGUGACGGAGCCUCUGCGGCAAAUCACACUACCAAUGGUUUUGCAAGCUCUGUUUCGACAACCGAGAGCAGUCUUGGUGACGGCCCAGCACCCUCGGAUAGCGACGUUGAUGGCUCGGAUGCCCCGCGUGGAGGGCCAGAUGUGGCGGCGGAAGAGCUCCAAAAGAUUAAUGGUGUAGUGACAACGUUCGACAGUGUUGCUGAUUUCGCGACGAGCGACCCCUUCAACAUGCGGUACAGGCUUGAUAGCUUUGGGGAUGCAAGGGGUCUCGCGUCGGCGAAACAGCGAUAUAGCGAAGCCACCAACGGCAGCAAUUGCCCGUCUCAAGCAACAAGUGCGACGACGGGGAAAAUGCCGCUCUCCCCAAGCACGCAAGGCACCAGCAUCGCCAGCAGGGAUUCCAUGGAUCGGUCCAUGAGCGUACCACGACCAGUUUCCUCGGUAGCCUACGACCCCAGUUGCCUAGGAACUUGUAACUCGAGCAAGCUGGAGACUCCAAUUCUGGUGACACCAGAUUCCGACCUGCCUCCCGAGGUCCUUGUAACGGAGUCUAGCCGUGACGACGACUCCGGCUCCAACGGUAGCAUGGGAAAGCCCGAGAAUACCACGCUUAGGAAAAGGCCGAUUCUCCUCGAGCUGCCCGAGCAGCUCGUCGUCAUCACGUCUUCCUCCAAGAAAAGAAAGGUCACCCGCAACUCGGCUCGCGAUAGAGACGCUGAACAGUCUCCUUCGCCUCAGGCCGCCUCUGCCGAGAGCAUUCUCCCCUCGUGCGAAUCCAACGACGAAGACGACCAAGCCGCCUUCUCCUUCUCCGUCGCCUCCCAGUCGAGCUUCUCUACAACGACACAUCCUCAAGACUCCAUAUCGAGUCUCCCUUCCCGCCUACAGACCCGCCAUUCCUCUCUCGUCUCUGCCGGCUACCCUUCGUCGACCGCCUCGUCACCCUGCGCAGCCUACGCCGACCUCUCCCUCGAAGGCGAACCCUCGUCCGCCACAACCGAGACUGGCCCUGCGUUGCACCCUGCCUCAGCCAGAAGCCGGUCUCCUAUCCGAUACACUCGCCGGGGAAUCAUGUCAGGGAAUGGAGAUUCCAUACGCUCAUCUUCGCCUUUAAAACGACGCGCCUCGAGUAUGGAUCCCGAACCGAACGAGUCCGGCGGACAGCCUCCCACCGAUUUCUCCCGAGCCAUGAGCGUCGACGCUCCCGAUUCUGGUCCGGGCUACGCUCAGAAUCCUGAUGCCAUGCCCCCUCUUCCCGAACAGCUCAAAACCAUCCAGACCCUCCAGCGAGCGUUCAACGAAACCCCUGUCCAAGAAAACGACGUCGCUUUCGUCGUGACCAAGACCUGGGUCAGCAAAGCCUUGGCUGCGGGAGGAGACCCUAAAUAUGCAAAGGAGAGUAGUUCUGAUGAGCCCCUCGGCCCGGUGGACAACUCCAACAUCAUCCAAGAGGUCAUCGAGUUACCCUCGGGCGACCACUUUGUCCGUUUGAAGCCCGGGACGGACCUGGAGACCUCUGAGCUUUUCUCGGAAGAUGCAUGGAGCCUCAUCCAGAAGUGGUAUGGUUUGAAGGAUGGGCAAUACCCAAUUCGCCGCGUCGCCCUCAACACCCAGGCUGAUGCCUCCUCACCUCCCAACAUUAUUUACGAGAUGCACCCCCGUCUUUACCAUCUAUCGGCUGUGGUCUGA